AAGACAGUUCGAUAUUCAAAUACCGAUCUCUUUGGUCACAUCUGAAAAAGGUCGGCCUCACAAAGGUAUUGAUGUGGCUGAACGCGCGUAUGAUCUUCGCGUAAAAAAAAUUGCACAUAAGUAUAUAUGCGACUGAAUUUCCGUGUAUUACAACAGUAGCCGGUAAAACCUAAUAAGCUCCGGUUCUAUACGGUUAAUCGGGAAGUUCUCCGGCAAAAAAGGUUUUAUAACGAGUUGCAAAGCAUUGUACGGGGUCUAUUGUAUGAAAUCCCGUCUCGGCUGUAGAAGCGGGAAAAUGCUUCGUUCUGAGAUGACGGUUUUCAGUGCUGAAGUGUGUUUUUAAUCGUUAUUGUUGUAAAAUUACUGUGCCCGGAAUAUGGUGGUGAAUGCUACAUCGUGUCAUCUAGCUUCGUUUUUCAUAGGAAUAGCAGAAAUAUGUUUCAUGACAGCGCCAGUCGGUCAGUGCGCCCACUGCUGCCCAAGAGAUGACGCCGUCGAUAUACAGUAUAAGUUAUUUACUAGGUUAAAUCCCACGACGUUUCAAAUUCUGCCGCCAAAUGACGUCAACGGUAUACGUGCCACGAAUUUUAACUUCGCCAAUCCGACUGUCAUUUAUUUGAUGGGAUUUUCGGAGUCCACUAGUGGAGUUGGAACUAGUACAGUAAGAGAUGCGCAUCUAGCGGCAGCGGACUAUAAUUUUAUCGCCGUUGACUGGUCGCGGCUCAUCGUGUUCCCUUGGUACGUAUCAGCAGUCCGCAACACUCGCUACAUGGGCGUACGUCUAGCAGACUUCAUACAAUUCCUGAACUCCAUUGGGGUCCCAGCAUCGUCCAUCCACGUAGUCGGGUUCUCCCUGGGGGCCGAAGCCGCGGGGUUCACCGGCAAGAACCUGCGGUCGCGGGGGUUACUGCUCGGCAGGAUUACAGGUUUAGACCCAGCCUACCCGGGGUACAGCCUAUCAAACAACGACGGCCAUCUUGCCAAAGGUGAUGCGGCCUUCGUAGACGUUCUACACACGAACCCUGGAGUCUUCGGGUUUCUAAGGCCAAUAGGUGAUGUGGACUUCUAUGCGAAUCCUGGCAGUUGGAUCCAGCCUGGGUGUUGGGUGGAUGAGCUCAUUAAGAACCGGGAGUUUAGAUUUGUUUACGGGUGCAGUCACGUCCGCGCUUGGCGUCUCUACUCAGAGUCUCUGAGCAAUCCCAGAGGGUUCCCGGCGACUCUGUGCCCCGAUUGGACCUCUGCCACGAGGCCUUGCAGCUUCCAGGUCGAUGGGUACAUGGGCAUCGCAGCUGGGCCGCCGAUGUCCGGCAAAAUGUACUUCAAAACAAAUGGUAGUCCGCCCUUCGCAAGAAAUGGACCAUAGUCGAUGCAGAAGUGUGAUAAAUUAAACAAUACGUAAAAUGAA